CAGAAUUCUGAUUUCUGAUUCUCUGAGCACAGCAGACUACAGAGUACUUUUUUGUUAAAUUGUAAUUACUAAUUACUUCACUUCAGUCUUACAAAUAUUUUAUUUAAAUGUAUAUUUUUUUAUAUAUAGUAAUAAAAUGCUAGGAAAUUUGAAGGACCUUAUAUCAAUUGUGCAGGACGGCUUAAGCUCUAGCAACAACCUUCGGAAUACCCUGCAAGAAGUGCAAAAAGUAACAAACAUUUUUAAAGAUAAACAAAAAGUGUUUAUUGAAAGCAAAGUUAACUUAGCAGCGGGCAGUGCCUUACUAGAAAAAUAUCAGGGCGAUUGGGCCGAGAUACACGAGAACGCAGACAAAAAUGCAAAAGCGGCUGAAGAAGUUGACAAAUUAAUAAUUGAGCUUCAUGAAGUCUCAAUGAAAAAAUUAAAAUGUACUUAUGAAUUAGGAAAUAAUUUAAGUAUUUUGCCAGGCCUUACGGCAUCAGUCGCACAAUGUAUGGAUGCUAUAAAAAAUGUACAAAUACUGCUUAAAGAUGUUGAGCACCAGUUAGUGGAGUUUGAAGAUAUAAUAGAAAGAAGUAAAAUGGAGAAGUGGAAGCUGGAUCAUCAAUAUCAAUUGAGUUUGUACAAGGAUAAGAAAAUGGCUAAGUUAGAAGAAGCAAGAGCAAAGUUGACAAAGGAAAAUGAAAUGCUAAGUCAGGAAAGAGAAAGAAAGUUACUGGCAGAAUUGCAGGCAAAGAGAGAUAAUAUAGCAGCUGCAUUUCAGAGUGAUGUGGCCAAGUAUCUCUCUAGUGGUAGCUUGCCAAUUAGUUCCGGACCACCACAAACAUCUCUAGAGCAAAUCCAGUUAGAUGAUGACCACACAGAUCUAGAAAAGUUCCUCGAAACUUGAUACCAAAUAUCACUAACUGUUAGUGACGGUUCAGAGCUUUAUACUUGUAAGAAUAUUUUGAAUUUUAUUGAAAGUUUUACAUUGUUAUCGAGUAUUAUUGGAAUGUUAAAUAAAACCAAAUACAAAAAAACUAAUUAUAAAAA